UAAUUGGUUCUUUUUCUUUAAUUGUUUUGGGUUUUUGAAAAUUUUUUUUUCGUGACAGAAAAAAGCCGCAGUAACAUAGGAAAUAGAGAUGGAAAGUAGAAAAAGAAGCAGCAGCUGUUCCUUCUCUCAAAAUUCUCUCUUUCUUAGCUUGAGUGCUUAACCCCAUCCCCCCCGCCCCAAAAAUAAUAAUAAUAAUAAUAAUCGAAUCGAAGUGAAGAUCAAAAGUUUUUCUUCACUUCUGAAGCUAUAUCUCAAAGACCCAGUUCCAAUUUUUUCCAAGUAGAUCUGUAAAAACCUCUCCUUUUUAUUGGUUUCUUACAACAGAAAUGGGUUCUUAAACUGGUUGAUUCUAAUGGGUGCUGUUUCUAAAUCACGGUUGGAUUCUUAUCAAAUGAAAGCGUGUGUUGUGGAUCGGAGUGGUUAAAGCAGAGGCCGACUCCAACAACAUCUAAUAUUUCUUUUGAAGAUAGCAGACCAGCUAGCGUAGAUAUGAAUCACUUGACUGUAGAGACCGAAGAUACUUUUGCAAGCUUGCUUGAGCUUGCUGCUAAUAAUGAUGUUGAGGGCUUUAAACGAUCCAUUGAACGCGAUCCUUCUGGUGUUGAUGAGGUUGGGCUGUGGUAUGGCCGUCAGAAGGGCUCGAAACAGAUGGUUAAUGAGGAGAGAACUCCUUUGAUGGUUGCUGCUACAUAUGGUAGCAUAGAUGUUAUUAAGCUGAUCCUUUCUUCAUCAGAUGCUGAUGUUAACCGUGUGUGUGGCCAUGACAAAAGCACUGCCCUUCAUUGUGCUGCCUCCGGUGGGGCUGUGAAUGUUAUUGAUGUUGUGAAGCUGCUUUUAGCAGCUGGUGCUGAUGUAAAUGUGGUUGAUGCAAAUGGUCAUCUUCCUGCUGAUGUUAUUGUUGUUCCUCCAAAGCUUCAAGCUGUAAAAUUAGCUCUUGAAGAACUCCUUGCAACUGAGAGUUCUGUUCUUGAGCGGAAUUUAAGGGUGUCAACAGCUAUUUUAAAUUUCAACUCCCCUCCUUUAUCACCUUCUCAGGAGAAUGGGUCACUGUCAUCUGGUUCAGAUUCCCCAAUUAAGUCCAAGUCAACUGAUGUUCCUAUUUCUUCAACAUCAGAGAAGAAAGAAUACCCGAUUGAUCCAUCUCUUCCAGACAUUAAGAACAGCAUAUAUUCAACUGAUGAGUUCCGGAUGUAUUCAUUCAAGGUGCGGCCUUGUUCACGUGCCUACUCCCAUGAUUGGACAGAGUGCCCAUUUGUUCACCCAGGGGAGAAUGCUCGAAGAAGGGAUCCUAGGAAGUUCCAUUACAGUUGUGUUCCUUGCCCUGAUUUUCGCAAGGGGGCAUGUAGGCGUGGAGAUAUGUGUGAAUAUGCUCAUGGUGUUUUUGAAUGCUGGCUACACCCUGCACAAUAUCGAACCCGGUUGUGCAAGGAUGGUACUAGUUGUGCAAGGAGAGUCUGCUUCUUUGCUCAUACUCCUGAGGAACUCCGACCUCUUUUUGUCUCCACUGGUUCUGCUGUUCCAUCUCCUCGUUCAAGUACUUCUGGUGCUGCAGCCAUUGAUUUUGCUACCGCCUUGAGUCUGUUGCCUGGAUCACCUUCAUCUGUAUCUGUAAUGUCUCCAUCACCAUUCACACCACCCAUGUCUCCAUCUGCAAAUGGCAUGUCUCAUUCUAAUGUUGCCUGGCCACAGCCUAAUGUUCCAGCCCUGCAUCUACCAGGAAGCAAUCUUCAAUCUAGUCGCCUGAGAUCUUCGCUUAAUGCAAGAGACAUUCCAGCUGAAGACUUCAACUUGCUGCCUGAUUUUGAUAUGCAGCAACAUCAGCUGAUAAAUGAGUUAUCUAGCUUUACCCAGCCAUCAAUGAGUUCGAGUUCUUUGAACCGAUCUGGUCGAUUGAAGACCCUGACCCCAUCAAAUCUUGAUGAUCUCUUUUCUGCUGAGAACUCAUCUCCUCGGUACUCUGAUCAAGCAUUGGCUGCAGCCGUUUUCUCUCCAACCCAUAAGUCUGCUGUUCUCAAUCAAUAUCAGCAGCAGCAAAGCAUGCUAUCACCUAUAAAUACAAAUUUUUCUCCUAAAAAUAUCGAGCAUCCUCUAUUGCAGGCUUCUCUGUCUGGUAGGAUGUCUCCUCGAAAUGUAGAACCUAUCUCACCAAUGAGCUCUCGGGUUUCAAUGUUAGCUCAACGUGAGAAGCAGCAACAAUUUCGCAGCCUAAGCUCUAGGGAGCUAGGUUCUGGCUCUGCUGCCUUUGUCGGUUCCCCUGUAAAUUCUUGGUCAAAAUGGGGAUCCUCCAAUGGGAAUCCAGACUGGGCUGUCAAUGCAGAUGAAUUGGGCAAGCAUCGCAGGUCAUCUUCAUUUGAGCUUGGCAAUGGAGAUGAGCCCGAUUUAUCAUGGGUUCAGUCCCUUGUAAAAGAAUCUCCCACUGAGAUCAAAGAGAAAAUGGCAGCACCUGUCUCGGGUAUUGCACCUAAUGCUUCUUCAAGUGAGGGUUCUAAUAUGAACUCUCAAAUUGAUCCUGUCGAUCAUGCUGUGUUGGGAGCUUGGUUUGAGCAAAUGCAGCUUGAUCAGCUUGUGGCUCAGCAAAACUGAACCAGUUCACUAAGCCCUGAGGUAGAGACAACAAAAAGGUUUUGGUAAAUAACAUUUGUAUUUUUUGGGAUUUUGUUGGUGAUGAAUGCGGAAGGAAGGUAAACAGUAACAAAAGGUGAAGGCAAAGAGAGAAGGUCAGUUGACAAGUGAAAUUUCAUUUUCACCAUUUAUUAUUACAACAAAACAAUUAGAAAAGGUUGAGGAUAAACCUCUGGGUUAUGUUUAAAGAAAUUAUGCCCAGGCUAGGUGUUUUUUCUUCCAAUAUUUCGAAAUUAGACUUCUAUUGCUGUCAUUUUAUUUCUAUUUUUUUUCCAUAUUUCUAAUGAUGAGCAACUUUAUUCCAUUACAAUGAAAACCAAAAAUCCUGUGCUUCCUUCUAUCCUUUUCCUGUUAUAUUCGUUAUCACAUUUGUGAGAAAUCAAAUGAAAAUGGAUCAUGAAGUUCUCAUCUAAAGAGUUUGAUGGUUUUUCGGGCUCGGUCAAUUUUUUUAGAGAGAUUAUAAGAUAGAGCAAAAUUUGUUUCUUCUAAUGUAGUUUGGAGUCAAUAACUUGUUGGUGCCUGUAAUUUGAAAGAAUGGGGUGGAGAAUUUAUGAUGCUUUUGUUGAUGAUGACGAUGAUGUAACAUUCAGCUAUAGUUUUACUGCUUUAUUCAUAUUCCAAUACCUUCAUUG